AUGGAUAAAUUAGAAGGUGUGAAUUUGUUGAGGCGUCAACCAUGGGAAAUCAGAACCAGACAAGAAUCUCGUAUUCUACGAUGUCGCCACGUGGAAUCAGAGGUUCGCAACGAUGCGAUGAAGGGUUGGGAUUGCAUCUGGGUAUUAAAUGGUUCGACGUCAUUCCAACUGUACGUGUCGGGUGAUGCCCGUGACGGUGACGGGCAGCUGUGUGGUCCCCACGUGGCUGCCCGGUUUCCCUUCGCCCUCUCUACAAAUCCUUCUCCCCAGACCAAUCUCAACUGA